UUUAAGGUCAGUACAACAAUUCACAUUCAUAUGUGUCCACUUCAGCCCAUCUGCAUAUGGGGCUCCUCUUCACCUUCCACCAAGAAAUAUAAACUUUAUAAGACUUUUUAUUUUCUACUAAGCAUUAACAUCAGUAACAAUGCAGGGCUACGUUUGAAUCCCCCUCUGACUGAAGGAAACUGAAGCUUGAGCUGGGUCUUCCACAAACACUGGAAGAGGGCAACGGCUGAGGGCGUCGGCAUGGCCCAUCGAUUUCCCCGUGCGAUGGACGAGCCGGUAGUGGUAGGCAGCCAGGAAAACAGUCCAUUGCAGCAUGCGCGGCAAGAGGACCGAUGGAGUUGGUCAAUCACCAGCGAGGAGGCCCACGAGCAGCUUGUGGUCAGUGAUGAGGUCAAAAGUCCUGCCAUAGAGGUAUUCAUGGAACCUCUUCACUCCAGCCACAAGUGCCAGUGCCUCCUUGUUGAGCUGGCUGUAAUUCCGUUUGGUUGGAGAUAGCGUCCUGGAAAAAUAAGUGAGCGGUGCUUCUCUUCUGUCUGGAAAACGGUGACUGAGGACAGCGCCGAUGCCAAAAGGUGAGGCGUCGCAGGCAAGGACCAGCGGCCUGGCUUCACUGUACUGUACCAGCACACUGUCCGAUGAAAGGAGAGCCUUGACGACGUUGAAGGCCGCCAUCUCCCGAUGACCCCAGGACCAAGGUGUCCUCGUGCUGAGGAGUCGGUGAAGAGGCUCGGCUACCAUCGCUUUGUGGGGCAGGAACAUGCUAUAAAAGUUCAGCAGUCCCAGUAACGCCUGCAACUCCAUCUUGUUCUUUGGGAUGGGGGCCUGCUGGAUAGUGUGGAUCUUGGAUGUUGCCGGGUGAAGGCCGGAGGCGUUGAUAAGAUAGCCCAGGAGCUCCACCUGUGGAACAGCGAUCUGGCACUUCUCCUUCUUUACCUUGAGCCCAGCCUCCUGAAACCUGGUCAGCACGGUGCGGAGGCGCUCGAACAGCUGCUGCUGCGAGUCUGCGGACACCAAGAUGUCGUUGAAAUACGGCACCACGCCCGGAAGCUCUUGCAGGAGACGCUCCAUAAGGCUUUGGAAGAUGCCAGGAGCCACACUCACCCUGAACUGCAAACGGCGGCAAUGGAAUGCCCCUCGAUGGGUGACGAUUGCCUGGGCUUCAGCGGUGGCAUUGUUGAUGGACAGUUGUUGAUAGGCUUGGGCAAGGUCCAGCUUAGCGAAGACCUUACCCUUACCCAGGGAAUGCAGCAGGUGGUGGACAACAGGAACCGGGUAAGCGUGCUGCUGAAGUGCUUUGUUGAUCAUGCACUUGUAGUCGGCACAGAUUCUCACCGACCCGUCUGGCUUGACAGGUGUGACGAUGGGGGUUUCCCACUUGGCGUGGUCAACCAGCUCCAAAACUCCUUGGGCAAUCAGCUUGUCCAGUUGUUCGUCCACCUUAGCCUUGAGAGCAAACGGAACCCGGCGUGGCUUUAGCUCCGACUUGUGGAUCAAAGCUAAAGGAGAUGGGCGUACCUGUAUAUUGACCCAAAGUGCCAUCAAAAACCUCAGCAAAGUCUUUGAUCAGACCCUCAGUCUCUGUGUUAGAGAUGGAGUUGAUGCCGGUGACUUCCAGGCCGAGGGCAUCAAACCAAUCUAGCCCUAGGAGGCUUGGCCGCUGACCUUCGACCACCACCAGUCGGAGCAGGCCCGAAAAAUCCUUGAAGGCGACCCAGAACCGCCCAACGCCUACCACGGGAAUGUUGUUUCCCUGGUAGUCUCUCAGUGAGAGUCAAGUUGCCUUUUGGACACUCUGGGUACGAGUCUUUUGAUGGUGCUCUAAUACACGAUGGACAGGGCAGACCCGGUGUGGAUCUCCAUGUCACACGGAGCUCCUUCAAUGAGCACAGUUGACAUUCAGCUUGCGUUGCGUAGGUGAGUCUGUUUGGCCAAUCGUGGUUCCGGACGGGCAGUGGCAGUUGGUGAGAGCGAAACAGCUUUCCUUGGCGGACGAGCUUUCCUUGGCGGACUGGAGUGAAGAUUGGACUUGUGAGUCAGUGAAGGGGGGGUGUCGGACAGAGCCGAUCGGCAGACCUUAGCGAUGUGGCCCCUUUUGGAACAUUUCCGACAGAUGGCGUCUCUGAAUUGACACUUGGCACGGGAAUGGUUGCCUCCACAGCCAGCACAUUCCGAUUGGCCCUUGGACUUCUGUUUGAACUUCCCGCGCUCCCGCUUUGUUUGGUGCACGUCAUCGUCUUCACUGGAGGAUGCCUCGUCACUGCUAGCCUCUUCAUGAUGCACUGGAACUGGCUUCCUAGCAAGAAGCGGCCUACUGGCCUUGCGGAUCUCCUGGGCGGAGCGUUUGGCAGCUGGUUCUGGUGGUAGAACGCAUGGCGGGCAGCAAUCUUGUUGUGGGUGAACAUAUCAGACGACACGGCGAUCCUUCAAACAGCUCUUGUUUAUUCACAGGCCCAGAAUAGAACUAGGCUGAAAAAACUAUUCCCCCCGCCCCUCGGCUUCUGUCCUAGCCCCGCUCCCCUUUUUCCCCACGGCCGUCACGAGAGCCCCAGCUCCGGUUGGCUGGUAUCCUUCCUAUUCCUUUUUAUGUAUGGGUUGUGGCGGGAGAACGCAAAUACGCACGCGCAUAUUCGGUUUGUUUUUUUUAAAGCCGACCCGCCCCCGGGCGGCGCGCGAUUGUCUCAGCUUUCAAUGGGGGGACUCGGAGCUCUGCUUUUUCUCCCCCCUCCUCCCUUCCCAUUCCGCCUCCGCCUCUCUCUCCCUCGGCAGGCAGCCCAACAGACCGACCAGGAACGGUGAGUGACCGACUGACUGGCAGACAAGCCUGGGCAGGUUUCCUCGGAAGCCAGUCCCGUUGUGCCCACCGGGGGUUGGGCUGGGGGGCUUCCCCCUCUCGGCAGCCUGAGGGGCUCCCCUGGCCCCGGGGGUGGUUCUUGCAUAGCAGCCGAGUUUCCCGCUUGUGGGUCGGUGGGUAGGGUUUUCCAAAAGAAAAGAGGUGUGCAGGACUGAGGAGGGAAGGCAGCUCUCCUUUUCAUUGGGACUUUUUUGGGAGGUGGGAGAGUACCUUCCGUUUCUUCCUUUUCCCACUUACGUCCUCCCUCCCAGACAGACCCUCUUGAACCCAGCCUCGUGAGAAACCGGGGCCGCUGGUGGGGAAGGGUCCCUACCCUGAAGGAAGUCGGCUUUCUUUUAAAACAGGAAGGAGUGUCGCUUUAUAACAAAAGUAAACUCUGAUCCCAAGAUAAGGACCCUUGCGAGCUUGUGGGGCGCGCGUCUCUCCCAUCACGAGGAAUGUGGGCUUCCUUUAAAUCGGAAGUGAACUUUCUUGGAGACUGGGGUCCACGGGUGGGCUGGUUGAGUGUAUGAGUGAGUCAGUUCAUGCUUGGUUUCGGAGGAAUUAAUCUUUCUUAGUGUUUUUCCUUUUUAAACCAAUAUGCCUGGAUCGGAUGUUAGGGGGCAUGGGGGAACUUUGGUAGGUCCCUGUAGCCUUUUGUUGGGUCUCUGUUCUAAUAGCAUCAAGAUAUGAAAAGGCCCAUGUUUCCUGUGUGCAGGGGACAGGGGUGUUGCAUCAAAACUUCUAUGGCUGAGAAUAUGCAGGAUGGGUUGGAAACCUUUUGCCGUUUUGUAAAUACAGUUAGGAAGGUUGCACCAUACCCCACAAUCUCUGCUAAAAUGUGGGGUUCUAGGUGCUCACCAACGGUUGUUGGGAAGAUCGAGGUACAACAGAGACUAGUGCCUUUAAAGGUUUAUUUAACAUAUUUACACCUGGAAGUCUGCAGUGAAGGAGGUGCAGAGCAUUAUAUCCCAAGAGUAUCUAUCUCUCAUGGCUCUUGCCAUAGCUUAAGCCUAAAGCAGCAGUUGGCCAUUUGCUCUGCCCAGCAGCUCAUGGAGGUCUGGCCUUUGUUGCCCACCCUUCUUCCAACACACCUCUCUAAACCCUUCUAUCCUCUGCCCCCCUUCCUCAAACCUGCACAUCUUUUACUGUGACAUCACUCCCCUACCCGGUCACCUUGGCAACCCCUGCUUUGCACAGAUCCAGGAGUCUCUCUCUUUGUUGUGCUAAUGACCAGCAAUCAGUACCUUUGUUAAUGGCUUAUCCUUGGCUAGCUAUGUGAACUAGCUGGGCUUGUGAUCCCAAACUUUAAAGCAACAGUGCUGUACUUGUUGAGCAUUUGUUAUGUGACUUUUAAAAUCUGCCUUCCCAGACUUGUGCUGUCCUGAUUUUUUGGACUACAAAUCCCACCACACUUGACUGUUGGUCGUUCUGGUUGGGGAUGAGUGGGAGCAAAGCUGGGGGAAAGGCUGUAAUGAUCAAAUUCUACAGUUCAAUUCUGCAAGUCCUGCCCCUAGGCAAAGUGUACAGGGCACCUGUGACUAAUAGAAAUAGGGAAAAUAGGAGGAGAACACUGAAAAACGUAUACUAACAUGACUUAGUCGGUAUGAAGGGACAGGAUACCCAAAUCCUGUCUGUGAAGUCACCCCAAAGUCACCCCAGGCCUCAAGACUUCACCCCAGGCCUCAAAACCAAAUUUCCCCUUUCUUCUAAAAAUCCACAGCUUCAGCUUUUCUCUGCUUUCUCACAAGAUGCUGCUGCAUAAACAAAACGUUAUUUUUAUCAGUACAAGAAAGCUUCAAAAAGCUAAUGAAUAGGCUCUGUCAGUGCCAAGCAUAAGCAGGCCUGGGAACUGAGUCUUUUCUUACCCAGUUGCAACAAAUCUUGGACAUGCUGAAAUGCAAGGCUUCUCAACCCCCUUGGCUUCUCAGCCCCCUUUUUCCUGGGAAGGGCGCCAAGAGUCUCCAGACAGGAGCUUUCUGUUCAUGCUCAGGGAAACUCAUGAGGCAAGACUCCUGAGGAGGGGGAGAAGGGGGAGGGAACUGGAGGGAAUAUAUACUCUGUGCAAAUGAGUGUAAAAAUUGUGCUAAAACUUGUGAGUUAUCACGCUUGCUCCUUCUACCAGCCCGGAUGGUAGCAAUAAAGCUCUUUCUCGGAAUCAACCCUUGAGUGUCUGCUUGACUCCUACUUCCCUCUCCCGGGCGCAGUGCUCUUCCAAUCCAUGGGCAAGGCCUGAAAAGGCUACAGGUAGACACUUAAUUUCAUGGUUGUGGGUUCAAGCCUUACAUUGGGCAAAAGAUUCCUGCAUUGCAAGGGGUUGGACUAGAUGACCCUCAUGGUCCCUUCCAACUCUACUAUGAUUCUUUGAUUUAACACAUGCACAGGAAAUUGCUGUAAAAGAGCAUCUUAGACACAUGACAAUUAGUCACAGUUUACUUAGUGACAUAUGAUGGUGUUAAGCUGCUGUACUUAAAAUAGCAGCCUUUCUCUUCAAAAUGAAUGAUGUGUGUGCAUUGUUGCUGUGAGGUUGUUGCUCAAUUGCUGUGGUUUAAGAAGUGAUUGUUGGAGGUUUGGGAAUAACCCAAACAGAAAUUCCUAGGUGUCAGAAAAAAUUAUUUACUUAUGCAACAACUGCGCCCAUGUUUUGUUAGCCCCAAAAUGGAAAGUGAACGAGGUCCCAGCUAAAGAGGAGUGGUAGAUUUAACAAAUAGAAUAAGAGAGCAAGAAGAACAUAUAUUUAAAGAAGAGUGGAAAACAUUUGUUGAAUAUAUGGAAAAUAACUAUAAAGCUGAAAACACUGGCAGCACUAAGAUAAAUACAACAGAGUAAAUAAUUUUUGAUGGAUGUAAAAGUGGAAAACUGAUUUGCAUGGAAAAUAUGUGGGAAUGCAUGAUAUGUAAAAUGAAGCAGAAGAAGGGAAGUCAUUGGAUAUUUUAAAGUUUGUAAAAUGUUUGUUUUGAAAUGUAAAAUUCGAAAAUUUAACAGAAAUUAUUAUAAAAUAGAAGUGAUGGUUGGAAGUGCUCCAGUCCAUAGAAGUUGUGCUACAUGGUUAGCCUAGGUGACUUUAGAGGCCGCAUCCUGUUCUUAGAUUUUAAUACAACAGUGAGAGACACUCCUUGAAGCUUACAGCAAUUCAUGGUUCAGCUGUGUUAGUGCAUUAUAUCAUAAUCUACAGGUAGGGUAUCAUCUUUCUUUUUAAAAUCAUGGGAAGGUUGUGUAUGCAAAAGGCAGGGGAUUGGAACCUGAGUGCCAGAGCUUGCUUUCCCCAGUGAGCACUUAUUCAGAACAUCUAGCCCUUUAAGAAAAAAUAGGUACUAACAGUUGCAACUUAGCAACCUAUGGGUUGUCUAAGCAACAGAACACUUCUUAGUCUCUGGUUCGCUAGGGAAGCGUAGAGCUGAAUCACAGGGAAUCUACCACUGCAUGACAUAUAGCAAGACAUCUGUGCCUCUCCCUGUGGGUUAAUGAAUAAACUAAGGAGCAAAGAGUCACCUUUUUGAAUAGAAGAUACAAGAGAAGGUAUAAAAUUUGUCUAUAAGAUUUUUUUUUUGCAAAGUGUCAUUGACUGACUACUCCAUAUGCUAGAAGCGAUCUGUAGGUUGUUGUUGGCACCCAUCUAUCUCCAGAGUCAGUGCAGUGUGCUUCCAGGGGUGAAAUCAAACCAUUGCAUUAGCAACACCCCCUUCUCUGCCUUGCUGAUGUGCUCCAAAGGAAAGCAGAGCAAUAAGUGGCACCAGCUUGGAUGGCUCCAUCCAACUGUCUUAGGGACUCCACUCCGGAUUUGUGUAGGGUUUACUCCUUAGCCUUUUCUUCGUCCAAAGAUAUUCCUCAAAGCAGCAGAGGUUUAGGAUCAGGGUUUUCCUUCUAGGGUUAUUCAUUCUGUAAAAUGAAUGUUAAUCAUGUGUUCAUCAUUGAGAAAACAAUUAAAGAGAGGUGGAGUGGGUUUGUUAAACAGAAAUCAGUGAAAACAGGAUACUGAACUAGAUAAGCCUUGGAUCUGACUCAGCAGAUUAUGCUUUUAUCUCUCCAUUUUAUCUCUAGAAGACCUGGCUUGGCUUAGAACAUUAAGUGGAUGGUGCAGAAAUUGAAAUAAGAUUGAAAUAAGAAAUGCCAGAGUAUGUAUCUAUAUAUAACCCUCUAAUCCAGGCGUGGGGAACAUGUGGCCAUUCUGAUGUUUCUGAAUUACAACUCUCACCAUCCCUGGCCAUAGGCCAUGCUUGCUGGGGUUAAUAGGAACUGGGAGUCCAGCAACAUUUGAAGGGCCACGGGUUCCCCAAAUCUGCUGCAAUCACUUCUGGAUUGAGAGGAAUAGCUCUGUCGGUAGAGCAUGAGACUCUUAGGGUUGUGGGUUCAAGCCUCACAUUGGGCAAAAGAUUCCUGCAUUGCAGGGGGUUGGACUAGAUGACCCUCAUGGUCCCUUCCAACUCUACAAUUCUAUGAAAUGUCUAGAAAUCUGAAGAAAGAGCAUCUUACCCAGAUAUCCUGUCCAGUUUUUUCAUUUUUCUCCCUUUUGUCUUUAAGAUAGAUCUCUGGGGGCUAAAUUAAGAUCUGACUUGCGCUCUCUUCUUUCCUAUAGGCAGAAGAAGCAGGCCUUAUUGUGUCUGUUUUGUUAUGUGUGAGAGCCCUGCAGCUCCGAUCAAAUGAAAAUGAUGACAUGAAGACCUCUGUAUGCAAAACAAUUGCAUGCCUUCUGCCGGAAGACCUCGAAGUAAGAAGAGCAUGCCAGCUCACUGAAUACUUACUUGAGCCAAGUGAGGAAAGAUACAGUCUACUAGAAGAGCUCUACCUGCAACAAGAUAAAAAAUUGAAUGGAAAAAACUCCCUGUGUUUUGAGCUGCUGUUGGCUUUAAAGGCGUAUUGGCCAUUUGAUCCAGAAUUUUGGGACUGGAAAACUCUGAAGCGACACUGUCUUAAGUUGUUAGGAAAAGAAGUUUCUGAGUCAGAGGAUGAUCUGAGUUGCAGGAAGAUGUCUUUCAAUGAAACUGCUAUGCUAGAUGUUUUCCUAAGUGAUAGUGAAGAUAAUAAUUCUGAAGGUCAAGAUACAAUAAAUCAGCCUAAAGUGAGAGUUAAAAAGCCCAUUGGGUCCUCGGAAAGGUACCAGAGGUGGCUUCAGUACAAAUUUUUCUGUGCUAUUUGCAAAAGGGAAUGUAUAGAGGCCAGAAUACUUCACCAUUCUAAGAUGCAUAUGGAAGAGGGCAUUUAUACAUGCCCAGUGUGUAUAAAAAAGUUCAAGAGGAAGGAUGUCUUUGUGAAGCAUGUGAUGGAACAUGUAAAAAUGCCUCCUAGUAGAAAAUACCGUGGUAAGAAGAAGUUGCUGUUGAAGAAAGAGAGGCUGGCGAUGAGCAGUCUAGCCAGAAUUGCUUCUGUGGCUCUUGGAGAACAACCCAGAACUGACACGCAGGAUUACAUCACGUUUAGUAAGCUAGAAAACUGCCACUUGCAGGACAGGGACCUGUACCCAUGCCCAGGCACGGAUUGCUCCAAGGUGUAUAAGCAGUUCAAGUACUUAAGUGUUCACUUGAAAGCAGAACACGAAAAUGAUCAAAAUGCAAUGCACUACAUGGACAUGAAAAACAGGAGAGAGAGGUGUUCAUACUGCAGGCGGCAUUUUGUUUCGGCUUUCCAUCUACAGGAGCAUGAACAAGUCCACAGUGGCCCUCAGCCGUACAUGUGUGUGUCGGUGGGCUGCUAUGCUAGGUUUGGAUCAGUGAAUGAGCUGCUCCAUCACAAGCAACAGCACGACGAUCUGCGUUAUAAAUGUGAGCUCAGUGGCUGUAACAUUGUUUUCAGUGACUUGGGGCAGCUCUACCACCACGAAGCCCAGCAUUUUAGGGAUGCUUCCUACGCAUGCAACUUUAGUGGCUGUAAAAAAUUCUACUAUUUUGAAACGGAGUUUACGGAUCACAUGUCAAUGCAUAUUACAAAUGGUCAAAUUAAGAAGGUACAGAUUAAGCAGGAGGAAAAUGUUUCUGGGGACAGUCUUACCUGCCUUUCAGAUUUGGAAGUGUUUGAACAAAAAGACCCCGCCUGCCUACAUGAGAGUCUUAAUUUGCCUUCAGGAUCUACAAAUUCAGAGGCAAUCCAGCAGGUUAAGCAAGAAUCUACAAACUCAGAGGGAAUCCUGCAAGUUAAACAAGAAGCUAUGUUUGAUGGAGAGGUAGAUGUUAAAGUAAUGACAGUUUAAGAAGCAAUAUUGGACCCCCUAGCCAGUGAGAUGCAGUUGGUGCCAUUGGCUGAAGCAGUAGGUUUGGCCAGGCAACUCCUUUCUCUUAAACUCCCGUUAAAAUGUUUUGAUCUGGGUUAAGCAGCUAUAUAGUUAUUUUAGUCUAACAUAGUGUUUUAUUGUCCAACAUAGAAUUUUAAAAUUCAUCUCUGGUUAUUUCUGUGCUUUUUAAAACUGUUUUUAGUUGUUUUUAUUAUACUUUGUACAUCACAUUGAGAUAAAUAUAUUUGGAACGCAACGUCUUAAAGACUUAACCAAUUUAUUCUGGCAAAAGCUUUUGAUUGCCUCAGUGCCACUUCAUGAUGCGUAAUCGUAAAGUGGUAAGCAUAUAAAUACAUUAUUCUGGCAGUGUCUUUCUGUAUCAUGGUCUAACAUAAACAGACCUUUUCAGGGCUGUUCUGAGACAGAUCCCAAGGUAUUGGCUGCUAUUAGAAUGCAUUUCCUUGGAUCUCCAGGUUCUGAUCGAUUUCAGUACAUUUCAGUGGAAGGAAAAUGUCAGGAAAUAAUGCAGUUUUUUCUGUGAUGUUUGCAGACUAAAAUAAAGAUAACAAAUAUGACUCCAAUUUGCUUGCAUGGUUUUUGUUCCAGGUCUCUGACAAUUCUGUGAAAUACAGCAACUUCUCCUAUUUUCAUUUCUCGCUGGAUUCUCUGACACCCUAAACCACAACUCCCAUCUUCCCUUGCUGUGAUACCAUCCAGCAACAUGCAGGUUCACCAUCCUGCUCUGUAUGAAGAGCUGUGUAUCUAAAUGUGGUUACAAGAAUAUGUGUCUUGAAAUUGCACCACCACAAUCUCUGGACAGCAGACUGAACAGGCACACAGAUCACCUGCUCAAAAUCAUCUUUGUUAUGGUAGGGCACUGAAACAUCUGAAAGUUGUGCUCGUAUUUUACGUGGCCGAAAAAGAUCUUACAGCACCUUGCAAAGGAUGGGAACCCAUUCAAAUAAAAGCAAGUAAUUCUUUGGGGAGUCAUUGUGCUCUGCUGAGUUAAAUUAACGUUGUAUUGCAAUGGGUCAUUAGGUGUUUAAUGCAACACAAAAAUAAAACACCUUAUGCUUCACCUAUA